AUGGAAAUCUUUUACGUUUUAAGGGAUUUGUUGCAAGGAUUUAAAGAUUUAAGGAGAAAAAAGUCAAAAGCUGCACAUAAAAUUCACGUUGAAUUGUUAUUUGUAUUUCGAAAAAUGGAAGUUGCAGUAAAUAUUUCAGUUUCUUUUGGUAAAUUAAUCGCAAAAAUAGCAGACAAAUUUUAUAACAUUUUCUAUUGCGAGUUCAUCAAACAUUUUGAUGUACAACGAAAUGUUCAGCAGACCGAAGCAAUUUCCUACUUCUUUACGCUUCACACGAUAGUUGAACAUGAAAUUCAUCAAGAAUUAAAGCGCUAA